UUGAAUUCAAACUUUCAGCAGAGAGAGAAAGAAGAUCCAUGGAGAUAGAGAGAGCAAAUUCUGGCAAUGGAGUUGACUUAGUUGAGCUGCAAUUUCUGAUAUCAAAGCUAACACAUAUCAUCAAUAUACUUGAAGGAGAUUCCAGUAAGCAUACAUUUCUACUAAGAAAUCUCACCCGUCUCCCCAAAAAGCUAAGAGAUCUAAAAGAAGCUUUAGCUUCAAACGAUAAACAUAUCCAAAAGAAAGAAUCUUUUUACAGAAUCAAGAAUGUUUUGAUCGAUUGGGAAUCACACCGAAACAAAUCCUCCCUCCACUCUUAUUAUGCCCUUUAUCAUUUCCUCUCCAAAAUCACCACUCUCAGGAACGAAUUAAACUCAACCGACGAAACCAUUCUUCAAAUUGAUCAGUCUAUCUGCACUCCAUGGUUUCCUGAAUUAACAACAAGGUUCCCGGAUGCCAAUGCCCAUGGAAUCGAGGAUAAGAUCAGUACUCUGGUAAGAAUUCUUUCUCUGAGGAGAGAAAACGAUGGCAUGGAGAUGAAAACAGUCGGGAUUUCAGGGAUGAAAGGGGUGGGGAAGACUAUGCUCUGUCAACAGGUUUUCAGACAUGAGAUUGUUCAGAGUUUCUUUCUUCCCAGGAUUUGGGUUUGCCUCUCCAGGAUAGAGGGUGAGGAUGAACUGGAUCAUAGAAUAGUGGUUGUUAAGAGGAUGUUGAAAGCACUUGGAGUUGAAGAAGAUGUGGUUAGUUUUGCUGAAACAAAACAUAGUCUAGAAGGGCUGCUUUAUGUUCUACGCCUGCAGUUGGUGGGAAAGAAUUACUUAAUCGUGCUUGACGAUGCUUGGAAGAAAGACGAGGAAGAAUUCUAUUCGGGUUUGGAUAAAGACGAGAUUUUGAGCACAAAACUUGCUUAUGGAUUGCCUAAAGGUUAUGGGGGAGCUGUUGUGGUAACUAGCAGAUGGCAAGAAAUGGUGGAUUUAAUGAUGGAUAAAGACAGAUCUCAUUGUUUAACAUCCAAUUUAGAUUCUGAAAGUUGCUGGAUGGUAUUCAAAGAGGAGGCUGAAAAAGAAGGUGUUCGAUUAUCCAACGAUCUUAUAUCUCUGAAGGAUGAAAUCGUCAAGAAUUGCGAUGGCCUUCCCUUGGCAGCUAAAUUGUUAGGCGAACUUGCUCGCAAAAAUUACGAAAAAGAAAUCCAAGCACAACAAAGCAGCAGUAUUCAGAUGAUUGAAUCAUGAACUGUUUUUUUUAUUUCAUUUUUCACUUGUUGUAUCCUUUUCAUUCAAUCAAUUCUGUUUAACAAAAAGCAUACAACAAUUGUAGAAAACUGUACAACAGCUAGACAUUGACAAAUGUUUUAUGUUUUUUGAGAAAUGAACAUGAUUU